AUGGGAGAAUCGAACUCGAAUCCGAUGGACGCACUUGCCUCCAUCGCAGCGUCGAUCUCGACACCGUCAACUAAACGACGUAUUCAAAUCUUCAGCAACGAAAUUCCAUUCAUUAUUGAUAACGCUUCUGAUUUGCCAAGUGAUUGCACAGCUCUUUUGGUGGAACUAAUUUUUAAUACAUUGUCCGCAUAUGAAGAUCGUGGAUCGUGCAAAGCUGUGGAUGCUUUGAUUGUAAAACAUUUUAGUGAAGUUGCAUUCAUGAAAAGUUUUGCUGCAACAUUAGUGCAGUUCAUGGAAAAGCAGUUUCAGUUCCAGUCAAAAUUUGGCUGCUAUAGACUAGUGAAAUGGUCUUGCCUUUUAUUAACAGAAAGUCAGUUUAGCUCAGUGUCGAAGAAUGCAUUGAGCAGAGUAGCUCAAGCGCAGGCAUCUGUGCUUCAUUUUGCUAUGCAAGGAUCAUUCCAUGUGAAGAGGGCUUGUAAACGCUCCCUGUUGCGGUUGUUUUCGAAGGCACCAGAUAUUUACAAAAUCUACAUGGAGGAUUUAAAAAGUUCAAGGAUCCCAUAUCGAGAAUGUCCAGAAUUUCUAUGCCUUGCUCUGGAACAUUCAAUUUCAAAUGUUGGCCUCUUUGAUCAUUGGAGGCAAACAUUUUUGGAUAUGUAUGUCACUGCCGUUUUGAAUGCAAAGGAGAAGCCGGUGAAGAGCCUGAGUGAAGCAUUUAUUCCGAUGUUCUCCCAUUUAUCACACGAAGAAUUUAGGACUGUUAUUGUCCCAACAUCUGUUAAAAUGUUGAAGCGGAAUCCUGAGCUUGUCUUGGACUCUGUUGGACUUUUGUUGCAUUCAACCAACCUUGACUUGAGCAAAUAUGCUAUGGAGAUUCUUCCAGUGGCUUUGACACAAGCUAGACAUGUUGAUGAUGCUAGAAGACUUUCAGCCCUGGCCAUAGUAAGGUGCUUGAGCUCGAAAUCGAGUAGCCCAGAUGCCAUAGAAGCAAUGUUUACUGCAGUCAAAGCUGUAAUUGGAGGUUCUGAAGGCAGGUUGACAUUUCCAUAUCAACGAGUUGGCAUGAUUGACGCGUUACGGGAGUUGUCAAUUGCGCCAGAAGGAAGAUACCUCAACACCCUGUCACCAACUGUUUGCGACUUUCUUUUGUCAUGCUACAAGGAAGAUGGGAAUGAAGAGGUUAAGCUUGCUUGUUUGUCUUCUCUAGCAUGCUGGACUACUAGGUCUGCAUCUGCUAUUAAUUCAAACAUUAUAUCAUUUGUUGCUUCUGGGCUCAAGGAGAAAGAGGCACUAAGAAGGGGUUAUCUUCGUAUGCUGCGAGUAAUGUGCAAAAAUGCAGAUGUUGUUGGCCAGAUGUCAUCCUUGUUGGUUCCACUUCUUCAACUGGUUAAAACUGGUUUUACCAAAGCAGCCCAACGUCUGGAUGGAAUCUACGCAUUGAUAUGUGUGGCUAAACUGGUGGCAGUUGAUGUUAAAGCAGAUGAGACCAUAACCAAGGAAAAGAUCUGGUCGCUGAUAGCGCAGAAUGAACCUUCUCUUGUGCCACUUUCUUUGGCAUCAAAACUUCCCCGAGAUGACUGUCUGGCUUGUCUUGAUCUUUUCGAAGGGUUGCUGGUAGACCACCCUCAUAGAAUUUUGGAGACCUUCCCUGUCAGUGCACUGUUACAGUUUUUGCUAUUUUGUCUCUGCCAUCCAAAUUGGGAACUUCGAAGCGCAGCUUAUGAUUCCACAAAGAAGAUUCUAGCGGCCGCCCCUCGACUAUCUGAAUCUAUUUUACUUGAAUUUUUCAAUUAUCUCACUGUUCUUAAAGAAAAGGUCAAUCUUCUCAGAAUGAGUGACACAGAAACUGUCUUGGAUGUUCAAGUUCCUUUCAUCCCACCUGUGGAGCUCUUGGUGAAGGCUUUAGUAGUUAUUGCAUCUGCAGUGUUGGGUGCUUCCUCAUCUGUGUCUGUGGAAUUACUCUGCUGCUCACAUCAUCCAUUCCUUAUUGGUACAUCAAAGAGAGAUGUAGUGUGGAAGAGGCUGCAAAAAUUAUUGCAAAUGCGUGGCUUUGACGCUGUCGAACUUGUUACAGCUCAUGUGGGUGAUUUAUGCCAGGGCUUGUUAGGUUCAAGGGGAUUGACGAGUUCCACUGACCUUCGAGAAGAAGCUGCUGUCCAUGCGCUAUCAACUUUGAUGUGUAUAGUUCCAGGACGCACGUACUCUGAGUUUGAAAAGUACAUGAAGAAUCUUCCGGAUCGUUAUGCACAUGAUACUCUUACAGAAAAAGAUAUUCAGAUCUUUCAUACCCCUGAAGGCAUGCUUUCCACUGAGCAAGGUGUUUAUGUAGCAGAGUCUGUUGCGUCUAAGAAUGUAAAACAAGCAAAAGGCCGUUUUCGUGUUUACGAGAAUGAUGAUAAUAUGGAUGAAGUCAAGUCUAAUCAUUCUGCUCGACGGGAGACCUCUAAUAAAGAUAAUGGGAAAAGGGAGGCUGGAAAAACCACAAAAAAACCAGAUAAGGCAAAGACCGCCAAGGAAGAGGCGCGAGAUUUGCAGCUUAGGGAGGAAGCAUCUGUACGCAAAAGGGUCAUGGUUAUACAAAAAAAUCUCUCGCUGAUGCUUAGGGCUAUGGGUGAAAUUGCCAUAGCUAAUCCUAUUUUUGCACACAGUCAGCUACCUUCUUUGGCCAAGUUUGUUAAUCCAUUACUCCAGUCGCCGAUAGUAGGUGAUGUGGCCUAUGGGACAAUGGUGCAACUUUCAAAAUGCUCUGCUCCUCCCUUGUGUAACUGGUCACUUGAAAUUGCCACUGCAUUGCGUGUAAUUGCAACUGAAGAGGUUAGCGUAGUUUGGGAUUUAAUUCCUGCUGGUGAAGGGGAGAUCAAUGAAAGGCUAUCCUUGAGUCUUUUUGAAAGAGCUACAAAUGGCUUAUCCAUUUCCUGUAAAACUGGACCUCUUCCAGUUGAUACUUUUAAUUUUGUCUUCCCGAUAAUGGAGAAGAUAUUACUAUCUCCUAAGAAAACUGGGCUGCAUGAUGAUAUUCUCCAGAUCCUAUAUCUGCAUUUGGAUCCCAUUUUACCCCUGCCUAGGGUUCAAAUGUUAUCAGUCCUUUUCCAUGUCCUUGGCGUCGUUCCUUCUUAUCAAGCUUCUAUUGGGCCUGCAUUGAAUGAGCUGUGUCUUGGUCUGCAACCACAUGAAGUUGCCUCUGCCCUUAAUGGAAUCUAUUCUAAGGAAGUUCAUGUGAGAUUGGCUUGCUUAAAUGCUGUCAAAUGCAUUCCUGCUGUAUCUAACUGUUCUAUUCCUGAAAGUGUUGAGGUUGCUACAAGAGUCUGGCUUGCUUUACAUGAUCCUGAAAAGGCGGUUGCUGAAGCUGCUGAAGGCUUGUGGGAUAAUUAUGGAAAAGACUUUGGAACUGAUUAUUCUGGGCUUUUUAGAGCUCUUUCUCAUGUUAACUACAAUGUUAGAGUGGCUGCUGCUGAAGCACUUGCUGCGGCUUUGGAUGAAAAACCUGAUACCAUACAGGAAUCUCUUUCAACUCUAUUUUCUUUAUACAUCCGCGAGGUUGGUAUCGGCGAAGGCAUUGAUGGUGGCUGGCUGGGAAGACAAGGAAUUGCGUUGGCAUUACACGCUGCAGCAGAUGUUCUUCGGACUAAAGAUCUUCCGGUUGUUAUGACAUUCUUGAUAUCGCGAGCACUGGGUGACAGUAAUGCAGAUGUUCGGGGAAGGAUGAUCAAUGCGGGUAUCAUGAUUAUCGAUAGGCAUGGAAGAGAUAAUGUGGCUUUGCUAUUUCCCAUUUUUGAGAAUUACUUAAAUAAAAAGGCAUCAGAUGAGGAAAGAUAUGAUUUGGUCCGUGAGGGAGUAGUGAUAUUUACUGGAGCUUUAGCAAAGCAUUUGGAAAAGAAUGAUCCUAAGGUGCAUGCUGUUAUAGAUAAGUUGUUGGAUGUUCUCAACACUCCUUCCGAAGCCGUUCAACGGGCCGUCUCAACAUGCCUUUCUCCACUAAUGCAAUCAAAGCAGGAAGAUGCACCAGCUCUUGUAUCUAGUCUUUUAAAUCAGCUGAUGAAGAGUGACAAAUAUGGGGAGCGCCGUGGAGCAGCAUUUGGAUUAGCCGGUGUUGUAAAGGGUUUUGGGAUAUCAUGUCUUAAGAAGUAUGGCAUUGCAACAGUCUUAAGAGAAGGUCUUGCAGACAGGAACUCUGCCAAAAGCCGUGAAGGAGCGUUACUAGCAUUCGAGUGUCUUUGUGACAAGCUGGGAAAGUUGUUUGAACCGUAUGUAAUUCAAAUGUUGCCGUUGCUUUUAGUUUCUUUCUCUGAUCAAGUUAUGGCUGUUCGUGAAGCUGCCGAGUGUGCUGCUCGUGCAAUGAUGUCCCAGCUGACUGUUCAUGGAGUGAAACUUAUUCUGCCAUCUCUUUUAAAGGGUCUUGAAGAUAAAGCUUGGCGGACAAAGCAAAGCAGUGUGCAACUGCUUGGGGCAAUGGCUUACUGUGCUCCACAACAACUGUCCCAGUGUCUCCCUAAGAUUGUGCCUAAGUUAACAGAGGUUUUAACAGACACUCAUCCAAAGGUUCAAACAGCUGGGCAGACAGCCCUUCAACAGGUUGGAAGUGUGAUAAAGAAUCCUGAAAUAUCAGCUCUUGUUCCGACUCUGCUUAAUGGGCUCGCAGAUCCUAACGAAUAUACAAGAUACUCCCUUGACAUACUGCUCCAGACAACUUUCAUUAAUUCCAUAGAUGCUCCUUCACUUGCCUUGUUGGUGCCAAUUGUACAUAGAGGGCUAAGAGAAAGGAGUGCUGAAACUAAGAAGAAGGCUGCCCAAAUAGUGGGUAAUAUGUGCUCGCUUGUUACAGAGCCGAAGGAUAUGAUCCCCUAUAUUGGACUGCUUCUUCCUGAAGUUAAAAAGGUUCUCGUAGAUCCACAUCCAGAGGUUCGGACAGUUGCUGCCCGAGCACUUGGUUCUCUAAUCAGGGGUAUGGGAGAAGAGAAUUUCCCUGAUCUUGUUUCUUGGUUGUUGGACACCCUGAAGUCGGAAGGUAGCAAUGUUGAACGCUCUGGAGCUGCUCAAGGGCUGAGUGAGGUGUUAGCUGCACUUGGGACAGAGUACUUUGAGAGAUUGCUUCCUGAUAUUAUUCGUAAUUGCUCUCAUCAAAAGGCAUCGGUUCGAGAUGGUUACUUGACACUUUUUAGGUACCUGCCACGUUCCUUAGGUGUUCAGUUCCAGAACUACCUGCAACAGGUUUUACCCGCCAUUUUAGAUGGACUUGCUGAUGAGAAUGAAUCUGUUCGUGAUGCCGCAUUAAGUGCUGGGCACGUUUUGGUGGAGCACUAUGCAACAACGUCUUUGCCGCUGCUACUUCCUGCUGUAGAAGAUGGCAUAUUCAAUGAUAGUUGGCGAAUUAGGCAAAGUUCUGUUGAAUUGCUGGGUGAUCUCUUGUUUAAGGUUGCUGGAACUUCUGGAAAAGCACUCCUUGAGGGAGGUAGUGAUGAUGAAGGUGCUAGUACUGAAGCUCAUGGGAGGGCUAUUAUUGAGGUGCUUGGGAGGGAUAAACGUAAUGAAGUUCUUGCUGCCCUUUACAUGGUUCGAACUGAUGUCAGCCUCACAGUGCGUCAGGCUGCAUUGCAUGUGUGGAAGACUAUUGUUGCAAAUACUCCAAAAACUCUCAAGGAAAUCAUGCCUGUUUUGAUGAAUACUUUAAUCAGUUCUCUUGCAUCGUCAUCCUCUGAGAGGCGACAGGUUGCUGGGCGCUCAUUGGGGGAGCUUGUUAGGAAGCUUGGAGAAAGAGUACUUCCUCUGAUUAUCCCUAUUUUAUCCCAGGGGCUAAAUGACCAAGAUCCUAGUAGGAGACAGGGUGUAUGCAUUGGUUUGAGUGAAGUGAUGGCCAGUGCUGGCAAGAGUCAGCUCUUGAAUUUCAUGGAUGAACUUAUCCCAACUAUUCGGAAAGCUCUUUGCGACAGUAUGGCCGAAGUUCGGGAGUCUGCCGGUUUGGCUUUUAGCACUCUUUACAAGAGUGCUGGAAUGCAAGCUAUUGAUGAGAUUGUUCCCACUCUGCUCCAUGCUCUUGAAGAUGAUGAAACCUCUGACACUGCUCUUGAUGGCUUAAAACAAAUAUUGAGCGUUAGAACCACUGCUGUUCUUCCUCAUAUACUUCCCAAGCUUGUCAAUCCGCCACUUACUGCCUUCAAUGCACAUGCAUUAGGAGCUUUAGCAGAGGUUGCAGGUCCUGGUCUUAACUUUCACUUGAGUACCAUUCUUCCUGCUUUACUUGCUGCCAUGGGUGAGGGGGAUGAGGAUGUUCAAGACUUGGCAAAGAAAGCUGCUGAAACUGUGGUAUUGGUCAUUGAUGAGGAAGGCAUUGAAUCUUUAAUGUCGGAGCUCCUUAAAGGAACUGGUGAUGGCCAGGCUUCAAUUCGGCGAAGUUCAUGCUAUCUUAUUGGCUACUUAUUUAAAAAUAGCAAACUGUAUCUGGUUGAUGAAGCUCCCAACAUGAUAUCGACUCUCAUUGUUUUGCUUAGUGACCCUGAUUCACAAACUGUUGCGGAUGCUUGGGAAGCAUUGUCAAGAGUUAUGGUUGCCAUUCCUAAAGAGGUUCUUCCAUCCCAUAUAAAAUUAGUUCGUGAUGCUGUAUCUACCUCUAGGGAUAAAGAACGAAGAAAGAAAAAGGUGAGUUCGGUCGUUAUACCUGGACUUUGCCUGCCCAAAGCUCUUCAACCGUUGCUUCCAGUGUAUCUUCAGGGUCUUAUAAGUGGAUCAGCUGAAUUACGAGAACAAGCUGCCUUGGGUCUUGGGGAAUUGAUUGAGGUAACAAGUGAACAAGCGCUGAAGGCAUUUGUGAUCCCAAUCACAGGGCCUCUCAUUCGUAUAAUAGGAGACAGAUUCCCUUGGCAAGUGAAGAGUGCAAUUCUCUCAACCCUUACCAUCAUCAUAAGAAAAGGUGGGAUGUCAUUAAAACCUUUUCUUCCCCAGCUUCAGACAACUUUUAUAAAAUGUCUGCAGGAUAAUACAAGGACUGUCCGUACGAGUGCAGCCCUUGCUCUUGGGAAGUUGAGUGCGCUCAGCACCAGGGUUGAUCCCUUAGUUAGCGACCUCUUGUCUGGAUUGCAGGCUGCAGAUGUUGGAGUUCGCGAGGCUAUCUUGACAGCUUUGAAAGGUGUGAUCAAGCAUGCUGGCCAAAGUGUGGGUAGUUCUGUUAGAACUCGCAUCUAUUUGCUCCUAAAGGAGUUUCUUUACAAUGAAGACGAUCAAAUACGCAUUUCUUCUGCCGGCAUUCUGGGCAUGAUUACCCAGUAUCUGGAUGGAGAGCAAAUUUCUGAAGUUCUGAAUGAACUCCCAACUUCAGCAUCAUCUCCUAACUGGUAUACAAGGCAUGGAUCAGUUCUCACGGUAUUUGCCAUGCUCAAGUAUAAUCCUACCAUAGUGUGUACGUCUCCCUCGUUUGCGGCGAUUGUAAAUUGUCUCAAAAGCAGCUUGAGAGAUGAAAAGUUCCCUGUUCGUGAAACAUCAACUAGAGCAUUGGGAAAGCUUCUGCUACAUCUAGUCCAAAAUGAUCCUUCUAACAGUAGCGCACAUUCAGAAACUCUAUCAUCUAUCGUACUCGCGAUGCAAGAUGAUUCGAGUGAAGUCCGGAGACGGGCUUUGUCUUCUUUGAAAGCUGUAGCCAAAGCUAAUCCUACUGUGCUAGGGCUUCAUGUUUCAGUAUACGGUCCUGUGCUGGCUGAGUGUUUGCGGGAUGGUAGCACUCCUGUAAGACUGGCUGCAGAGCGAUGUGCUCUACACGUCUUCCAGCUAGCAAAGGGUGUGGAAAAUGUUCAAGCUGCCCAAAAAUAUAUGACUGGCUUGGACGCUAGACGAAUAUCGAAGCUCCCGGAAUACAGCGAUGACAGCGAUAACAGUGAAGAUGACAUGGCAAGUGGUUUGUGA